UCCCCUCUUCCCCCCUUCCCUUUCUCUCUCCCCCUCUCUCUGGCGAUCGAUGGCUCGGUUGCAUUAACUCUGGGCAUUGAAAUCCCCAACAACCUUGGGCCCCCACGGCAUUCAAUAGUCGCGGUAAUUCAGCUGGGCUCUUCGUCGGCCGCGGCAACCCCAGCUAGGCCGAGGCCUCUGCCGCCUCCUGUUUGCACUCUCUGUUUUACCCAACUAAUCCGACGUCGGUCCCGAGAUUUCAGGAGACGCCAUUAAUGAGCGAAACCCCAAACUUAUUUGUUGCUGAAGAACCUCCGUUUGCUUGUUUUCCGGGUUUUAUGACCAUGUGAAUGAGAUAUAUAUAUAUAUAUACACACACACACUAUAGUGCUGUUUUAGCUUAACUUGUUCGGAUGCAGGUGGUGGAGGUCCGGGGAUAGAAGAAGGGGAAGAGGGGGGAGGAAUGGAGAGAGCGGAAGUUGCCGCGGAUGCAAAGAAUGACGAAUGCGUGGCUUCUGUUUCUAAGAUUUCCUCUAGUUGUUCUCUGCGUCACAAGCGCUCUAAAAGUGCAUCUGAUAGGAACCUAGAUACUGUGAAACACGGGACUUUGUAUUGCAUGGGAAAGGAUUUCAAUGACUCUAAGACUUUGCGUAACAUAAUGAAGUCAACCUACGGUUCUCUGAAUCAAGAUUCAAGCGACAAUGUCAGUAAGACUUCAUCAAACCACCGAGCUUCCUUGGAAAAUGAUAUCAAACAACUACAGAUGCAUUUAUAUCAAGAAAAGACUAUCAGAUUUAUGCUCGAGAAGGCGAUUGGUCGAGCUUCUAGUACUUUAUCUCCUGGACACAGACAUUUCCCUGCUCAGACAAGGGAGCUUAUUGCAGAGAUCGAGUUACUUGAAGAAGAAAUAGCAAAUCGUGAGCAACAUGUUCUUUCUCUCUACAGAAGUAUCUUUGACCAAUGCAUUAGUGGGCCAUCAUCAGCACAAAGUUCAGGCAUGGCUUCUCCUGCUCACACAAAAAGUGGAGCAAGGAAGCACCCAAGCAUAAUAUCAAGUGCAUUUUGCUCCUCAAAAAAGUUCCCCUUGCAAGCUUUCCAGCUUUUGGCUUCCAUAAAAGAGUAUGGGAGAAGUAAUCCAUUGCUCAAGCCCAAGGGCAGACAUGAAUCACUGUCAAGUGAAAACUUGAAUACUGGUGUUGAUAGCAACUCCUCAGAUCCUAAGAAGUUUCCAACUGCCAGGAGGAAUUAUUUGGCUCGUACUUUGAAAGACCAUCUCUACGAGUGUCCAAGUAAAAUAUCUGAGGAAUUGGUUAGAUGCAUGGCUGCUAUAUAUUGUUGGGUACGUAGUGACUCAUCUGAAAAGCCUGAAAAAGGCCGCUCGCCCUUCCUGUCAAGAUCAUCUACCAGUGUUAUCCUUCCUCGAAGAGGCACUGCAGAUGAGCAGCAAUGGUCUAGCAAAUCUACAGUGGAAAUAUCUUCAAUAUCUCUAGACAAGAGCCAAUUUUCAAGUGCAUCAUAUGCAAUAAAUAACUAUAGGUUACUGGUGGAACAACUGGAGAGAGUAGAUCUGAGUGUGUUGGAAAGCAGUGCCAAGUUGGCAUUUUGGGCAUACUUGGCUUAUGGAAUCCCCCAUAGUUCUCUGAGACGGAUUGCUUUGUUCCAUAAGGCUGCUUAUAAUAUAGGAGGACACAUCAUCACUGCCAACACCGUAGAGCACUUCAUUUUGAGCUGUCGCACACCUCGAAUUGGUCGUUGGUUUGAAACUAUACUCUCAACUGCAAUGCGGAAGAAAUCUGGAGAAGAAAAGCAGAUCCUUGGGUCAAAAUUUGGUAUCACUGAUUCCCAUCCACUUGUUCUCUUCGCCCUAUGUACCGGAGCUUCUUCUGAUCCUAUGCUGAGAGUCUACACUGCAAAAAAUGUAACGGAUGAGUUAGAGAAGGCCAAGAAGGAGUUCCUUCAAGCCAACGUGGUGGUCAGGAAAUCCAGGAAGAUUUUUCUACCAAAGAUUCUCGACAGAUAUGCCAAAGAAACCUGCAAAAGCUCUGAUGAUCUUCUCGUCUGGGUGUCGCAGAACAUAGAUAAGAAGUUGCAGGAGUCAAUCCAGAAAUGCAUGGAUUCAAAGAACAAGAGAAAAGCCUCCCAGGUUAUUGAAUGGUUACCAUACAGCACAAGAUUCCAUUAUGUCUUUGGGAAAGACUUGACAGAAAAACCUUGGUGGGUGUAAAUUUCUUGUCAAUGAUUCAGAAGUUAGUAAAUUGUGUAACAAUUUCACGGGCCCAACUUCUGCUGAUAUCGAAAGGAUAGAUAUCAAACAUUGAUCUGUGUACAUAUUCCUUACUGUCUCAUCGAGUGCAGUCUAGGAGACUUUUCAUCUCAGCUACAACUCAAUCUUCUAAUGGAUUUUUGUCCAUUCCCUUAAAA